GCGCUCACAAACGGAAGCCUCGUUCAGACCAAUGCCACUUCUUUCAACGACACGAGUGCACCUAUUCCUUUUCAGAUCCCCACGGAUCUCUCGUCGCUGUUGACGUUCAUCUACUCCCUUUCCGCGCUUCGAGAUUGGUUGAAGCUUCUUCUUUUUGGUGCUGCGCUUGAGGCGUGUCGACGCGUUUAUCUCUCCUCCUACUCCAGCUUUAUUGACUCGUUUUUCAUCACUGCUCAUUUCGAGAGCGACGAUGUUGUAUUCGAUUGGAUGAUGUUUUGGCUGUCUUCACUUCCGGAGUGGCGUAAAGUCCGUGAAUUUGUGGUCAGCACCACACACCUCGGCCAAGAUGACAACAGCACGGCUAUCCUCGAAGACGAUGAGUCCGACGAUGGUUCACCAUCCAUUCGCAAGACACGGAACAUCCAGUGCCUACCCUCCUAUGCAGCCACAUAUACGAUUUGGUACAAGCGUCGUUGGAUGCGCAUUACGCGGCAGAAGGAGGAGAGUCGAUGGUCAUAUGGCGAGAAAUCGACGCUGCAAAUUACGCUUUUUACCCGUAAUCGUGCUGUCCUCGACGGCCUGAUCCUCGAGGCAAAGAAAGCUUACAUGUCUGCACGAGAGGAUAAGAUCGACAUAUUC